GGACCAGGAGACACCCAAGGAGCCCGUGCUAGACAGCAUUUGGGGUCCAGGCGGGAAGGGGGACCGUGGCGAGGCAGGGAAAAGGGCCCCUGGAAAGGCUUUGGUGCCCAGACUCCCAGAGCAGCCCUGUCCUCUGUUGACUAAGACCCGUGCAGGGCACGGACCCGUCACUUCCCUGAUCUUAAAACGCCUUUGCUGCCCAGUCUUGUCCAUCAGUGGGGGGGAAAAAAGGCAAAUACAGAAAACAAACCGGCCGCCCCGUACGGGCAGUUUCCAGGCUGUUCCACAACAGGACAACUUUCUACUUUUCCUCUUAGCCAGAACACGUAGAGUUCCCUUUCACCUACGGAAGGAAAUUUGUUCCUCCCUGUAGGAGAGGACGAGACUCAAGGUCUUGAAGAGAACCCUAGGGAACUGGCCGAGUCUCAGCGCCUGGAUACCAAUGGCGACAUCCCAGCCUGUCUUGUUUACUUUGUAACGAGAUUUGUCAGCCUCUCUAGGUGAUGCUUUUGUGAACCGCAGCUUUAAAUGUUCAAGCCAACUGCUCCUAUCGAGAAUAUUUGUAUUCAUAUUCAUAAGUGUAUUUUUUCAAGAUGAGUCAUAGUAAAUUAAUUCCCAAGCUCUCAAUUCGGUCUCCUGUCCACCACACCAGCUUAAAAGUCCAGUCCACAGAGCCACCUUUUAAGAAAGACUUACACCUGAUUUCAAAAGACUCCUUGGAAUCCGAUUCAGAAAGCUUCACUCAAGAGAGCAAGUCCCAGUCUGAACUUGGAAAUCCAAUCCAGGACAAUAUGGAGCCUGACAGCCUGGAGGAGGAAAGCCCUCAACUGGAAAGCCUGAGUGAGACAGAAGAGGAAGCAAGCAGAAACGCAGCCCAGAAGGACGGCAAGGAAAACCUCCGUACCCAGAACGAUGGCAUAUAUUCCAGCCAACAGCCGGUAGAGGAUAAAUAUUCAGACCUGCGAUACGACCCAAACUGGAAGAGUAAGAAAGAGGAGAGGAAGUUCUUGACUGUGGAAGCACUGCCAGAGUCUGUAGACAGCUCGACUGAAAAUCUGACUUCAGAUCCACUGUACCCUUCCAAGGAGACGUCCAUGGAACUCCCUGGGGGAAAGGCGGAACAGAAGAGGAGCCCACAGAGCGUUGCCUCCUUCCUUGGCAGUGAAUUUUUAAGCCCGAACUAUGAGUGCGGCACCCAUCACAGCCAGCCAUCUUCGGAGCUGAGCGACCGUGAUCUGGAGAAGUCCAGCAAGCUCUCUCAGUGCUUGAAGAGUUCAAGUUCACAUAAUGAGGUUUUUCUGCCAGGAUCACGUGGCCGGCGGCGAAGGAAGUCCAAACAAUAUUUUGUGGAAAAAAACAAGCUGACUCUGGGAUUACCUACUCCUAAAACGGACUCGUAUCUUCAGCUUCACAAUAAAAAAAGGGGGGACAUUCUCUCAGAACAGAAUCACCAAGAACACUGGUCUCACUGUGAAAGUGCAAAAUCAAACAACCUACUGAGACGUCAAUCUUCUGAAACCACCAACGGUCAGCAGCCUUCCAGAAAACCAGCCAAGCACAAGAUCCGGAAACAGCACCGACGCCAGCGUGGCCUGAAGUCUUUGGUGACUGACGAGCUGGCUGACUGUCAGGGAAACCAGAAUAGCACUCCCAGACAGCAACCGAACCAGAAUAAGCCCACUGAUCCUUCAAUAAAGCACGAAACAAUUGUAAUUAUGAAUGCCCCGAAUGAUGAUUUACAAGACUUAAGUGCACUUAGGAGCCGGGAUCCCAAAGUAACCUCCAACAAACUUGGCCCAGCACAGCAGGCUUCUGAUAAGGCAUCGUAUAACAACUCUACUGGAUAUCAGUCAGUGACGGAUGUUCACAAACAAAGAGGACACGAAGGCCAAGAAGAGAAAAGACCGUCACAUCAGCAGCCACACAUCCACACUCUUUCCAAUGUGGGCUUGAACCACCUAAACGAGCUUAGUAAGAGACAAGUGCCCCUGAGCCAGAAAGGCUCACAGUCUGUUCCUACAGUAAAUGUUAAUGGAUCAACCACAAAUAGGAAGCAACCCAAGCAGAUUUACACAGAGACGAAAUAUAAGAACUUAGAAAUAUUAUGGAAAUUCCAUUCUCCCUCUGACAGCCAGCCUGUGAGAACUUCUCCGGACUCACAGCUCGCUCAGAUCAUGGAGCAACAUCAGCAGGCCUUAAAGCAGCUGACGGAGGUGCAGCCUAACGAAGGGGCCUCGCCCAGCGUCACAUUUCCACCUAUAUUGUCCAGGGUAGAAAGCGAAUCCCAACUCAGCGCGGAGACAAGCCACAGAAACCAAAUGAAAGUGAGCCAGAGCAAUUCCGAAGGCCAUCUGUUUCAGCUGGAAAAAGGAAAAAAGCAUAGGAAAAGCAGCAGCACCAAGAGUGCCAAGCUGAAAGGUUAUCAGAAAAGAGACGUGAAGCUUGGAGGCCUUGGACCUGACCUUGAGUCCAUCAGAGACAAAAUGCAGAAAUUAAUCCAAAAAAAGGAAUACGCCAGGCAAGUUCAGGAGUAUAACGCAAAGACGCUAUCCCUCCUGCCGAAACCACAAACAGCAAAAACCAAAAGUAAAUCGGCCAUCCCUCGGCAGAAGGCUUUGGAAUAUGCUAAGACCAUCCCCAAACCCAAACCUUCCAAUCUGACUGAUCAAGCAUCGAAGGAGAAGAAAAAUCCAACCUAUGCUCGAAAGGAAGACGCUCUGCCUGAAAUCUCCCUGCUGGAAAUACUGCAGAGCAGACACGAAAGGGAAAAACAGGCUGUGGCCGCUUUCAAAGCCCUUCACAUUGUGUAGACAACACAUGUAUCAGAGACCAAAAAUGCCCGGGGACUGGACACGGAGGAAGAGGGCCAACCCACCUCCCUGCAUGGGGAGGGAGGACCCAAUGUCCUCCAGCUGCGGUCCAGGUUUGCUUUGUGCAGAAUUUAAAAUAUGGAGCCGUACUACAUCACGGGGCCACAUUUUAGGUUCUACAAAGAAGGUUUUCUUCAUUAUUUAUUUUCAAAUCAGUUAGAAUUCUGAACUCAUUGCAUUUGAAUAAGAACUAGGGAAUAAAGGCUUUUAGUUG